CUCUUCCCUUCGAUUCAAAGCUGAUGAAAAGGAAAGUAAGAAUUUUGGGUUAGACUCAGAUGCGGGAGUGCUCCAGAAACCCUAGCCCUAAUUUGCCUUGAGAGUGCAAGUCCUGUGGUUGUUGUUUUCAUGGAAUCCCCAUUUUCAAGCGUAGUUUUUGUGGUUUUGGGGUUUACUAUUAGCUUAUGUGCUCUUCUUGUCGAGUCUCAAUCUCAACACUUAUCGCCACCUCCCCCGUCACCACCUGCACCACCUCCAUCGCCACCGCCUCCACCACCUCUAUGGCCACCGCCUCCACCACCGCUAUCGCCAUCGCCUCCACAAUCUCCGACCCCGCCACCUCCGGAAUCUCCGACCCCGCCAUCUCCGAACUCCCCAUCUCGACCAGAUUCUUCGAAUUCACCAUCUCCACUAGAAUCUCCUGGCCCGCCACCACCUGCUCGCCCGGCAAAUCAGCUCAAUUCCAAGAAUGAUCAGAAGAGACUGCCACCUCCCUCACAUAGGGGGCCAAGACCGACCAAUAAUCGCCGUCCGCAUCCUCCACCGCCUCAUCCUGGCCACAAGUACAAUGCAGGGAAGAAGAUUGGGCUGUUGUUUGUUGGUAUGGCUGCCAUUCUUCAGAUUGGUGUGAUUGGGUUCUUGGUUUUCAAGAGAAGGCAGCUGCUAAGAGUGAAGGAUAGAUAUGAGACUUGUUCUUGAAUAUUUUAGUUGCAGACUUCUUACAAAUUCUUUUGUUUCGCUGAGAGCUAUGUAGUUGGGGCUACGAGUGGAUUGGAUAUUCUUCAAUGAGCAUAUCAUAGUGGGGCUUUUAGGGAGUUAUGAUUCUUUGGUGAGCGGCAGGCAGUAUAUGAAUCACGAACAGAUCGAUAUGUUGUGAAUGGAUCUGGGGAUUGGUGGCUGCUCUGUUUGGCCCCCUUGCGGUUGCUCUGUAAAUUGGUUAUUGUUGCUUGGAAUUUUCUUCAUGUUUCUUCAAUUUUCUGUUGAUUUUUUUGUUCUUUAGCUUUGUUUACACGGCUUAUAAUUUAAAGCAGAAGAAACCAUCGUAGGAUUUGUGUUUUGAGCUGA